GUCGAAGGAUCGUCAUUGUCGUCGUCGGCACGAAGAGGAGACGACGGCAGCGACGACAGCGGUAAUCGUGCCAGCAGCUGGAGCGGCGUAGGAUAUUAUGCGCCCGGGGGGGCCCGAGGCGGCGAGAGCCCCGGCGCCCGGGGCCGCUUCUUCGACGACGAGGCCGAAGCCACCCUCUCAGCAUCGCAGCAUCCCGUCGACAUGCAGUUUCAAGCACCUCGCUCGGUUUCCACCUCCUCGUCGUCGUCGUCGUCUUUUUUACUCGUCGUCAAGUACUACUCGUCCGAACGAUUUCCCUAUAAUCGUAACUACUAUUGUGCCAAAGAAGCAGCAUCAGUCAAAUCGGAGCAGUCAACCAAAGGAGGAGCAGCAGCAGCAUCGUCGACGACAACAGCGGGCCUCCAAGUACAGCACGCGCCAGGUGCACACGCGCUACGGCCAGCUGCGCGGCACCGUGUCCCGCGCGGCGGACUCCAGGUCGAGCCAGGUCGAGGUCUAUCUCGGCGUGCCCUACGCCACGCCGCCGCUCGGGGCGCUGCGCUUCAUGCCCCCCGUCACGCCCUCGCCCUGGCGCGGCAUUCGGCUGGCGGACGCCUAUCCGCCUGCCUGUCCGCAGCUGCCGCCGAGGCCGGGGCCCGACACGCCGCGACAGUACGCCCGCUAUCUGGAGCGGCUCGGCCCGAUGCUGGCCAACCAGAGCGAGGACUGCCUCUACCUGAAUCUGUACGUGCCGGUGAGGCCCGCCCAGCCGGCCCAGCAGCAGCACCAGCAACAGCAGGCGAGCGCCGGUUCGUCUCAUCACGGGAGCGGCGCGGCGGGCCAGGAUCUGCUGCCAGCGCUGCUGCUCAUUCACGGCGACUCGUAUUCUUGGGGCAGCGGAAAUCCGCUGGACGGAACCGCCUUGGCAGCUCACGGCAGGCUCAUCGUUGUAUCCAUCAACUUUCGCCUCGGCCUCUUAGGAUUCCUGAAGACGAGCACAAAGAGCAGCGCCCAAGGUAACUACGGCCUGAUGGAUCUGGUCGCGGGCGUGCACUGGCUGCGCGAGAACCUGCCGGCCUUCGGCGGCGACUCGAAUCGCUUGACCCUCAUGGGUCACGGCACCGGGGCGGCCCUCGCCAAUUUCCUCGCCGUUUCGCCCAUGGCUAAAGAACUGGUGGACCGAGUGGUGCUGCUGGGCGGCUCGGCCCUGUCACCGUGGGCGGUGCAGCGCGAGCCGCUGCAGGUGAAGCGACGCGUCGCCGAGCAGCUGGACUGCGGCGCUGCGGACCCCGAGGCCGAGGACAUCGCCGCCUGUCUCCGGGCCAAGAGCACCGAGGAGCUGCUCGGGGUGAAGCUCGACGUGCCGCGCUUCACCUCGGGCUUCGCGCCCUUCGUCGACGGCGCCAUUCUGCCCGCCUCGCUGCCCACUAAUCCGAAUUUCCAUCCGACCGUGUCGUCGUCGGGCUUGAUGCCGUUGAUGCCGGGCUCGGGCUCCGAGUUGGCCAACUUCGGCGGCCGCGACGUCCUCAUGGGUCUGACGAGCGACGAAGCCUGGCUCGAACUUACCGAGCAGGACCUCGAGAACGGACUGAACGAGACCCGACGCGACCGUAUCCUGCGCACCUACGUGCGCAACACCUAUCGCUACCACCUGCACGAGAUCUACUCGACGCUGCGCAACGAGUACACGGACUGGGAGCGCGGCGAGCCCAAUCCGCUGGCCAUCUGCGAGGGUCUGCUGGCGCUGCUGGGCGACGGCCAGGUCGCGGCGCCUCUGCUGAGGUUGGCGCUGCUGCACUCGGCCAGCGGCGGACGCGGCUACUUUCUGCACUUCCAGCCGGGCGACAGGCCCAGUCUGCGGGGCGAGGAGCUGCCUUUCUUCAUGGGUCUGCCGCUGGUGCGGGCCGACGCCAAUUACAGCCUGGCCGACGAGGCUCUCUCGCGUCUGCUCGUCCACUAUCUGGCCAACUUUGUCCGACGGGGCGAUCCGAACGGAGCCGCGACCGCGUCCUCGUCCUCGGUGACGUCGUCCGGCUCGUCGGGCUCGUCCUGGGCCUCCUCGGCCGACCUCGGCGUCUCCAGUCCGCCCUUCUGGGACUCGUACGACUCGAUCAAUCAGCUGUAUCUCGAGGCGGGCCGCGACACCGGCAUGCGCUCCCACUACCGGGGCCACAAGAUGAGCCUCUGGCUGAAUCUGCUGCCGCAGCUGCACAGGCCCGGCUACGAGGUCAGCAUGCGCCACCACCACAUGGCCGAGAGCCCGAGUCUGUACGAGGGCGCCGUGAGGCCCCAGUCGAUGGCCAUGCCCAUACCGGCUCCGCCGCUGCCCAUGCCCUACCCGACGGAGCCGAGCCUGUCGAACGUGCCCGGUGGCUCUGGUAACGCUGGUGGUGGGGGUGGGCCGAUUGGGGUGACCGCCUCGACCCAGGCCUCCGGUACGGAUUGUACGCCCAACGCGAGCAGCAGCAGCAGUACCGUUGUAACCAGCACCACGACUCCAAGCAAUAUGCCACACCUGAAUCUGGGCCCCGGACCGAACAAUUUGCUGCGCAAGUUGGCCUCGAGUCACUAUCAGAGCUACAUCACUGCCUUGACGGUCACCAUAGCCGUAGGCGUCUUCCUGCUACUGCUCAACAUCCUCAUUUUCGCCGGCAUCUAUCACAAGCGAGACAAGAACAGAUCGGCGGCGGCUCAAGCGACCCACGCGUGCUCGAUGGGAAAUCUGUCGGACAAGAAGAAGGAGGACCUGCUGGAGAUCGGCUGCUCGGACGGGGUCAUGUCGGUGGGCUCGAUGUCGAGCAAACUCGGCAUGGCCGCCGGCAGUCAGGCGAGCAAGCGCAGCCUCUCGACCUUCGUCAUGACGGACUCGCAGUCGGACAGCAGCAGUCCCGUCUCCUCGACCACCCACCACCAUCAUCUCCAGCACCUGCAGCAGCAACAGCAGCAGCACCACCUCAAGGGCAGCGGCAGCAAGUUCCUCGACGAGCUCGACCACCACAUGCAGCUGCAGGACUACGAGCGGGCCUACUACGUGAGGGCCGGACCGGCCAGUUCGAGUCCGCCUUCGCGACACCGUCACAAUCGCACCCCGUCGCCCUGCGUCGACGCCACCAUGGCUGCGGUCGGCUGCGAGCUCGACGACGAUCUGCCGGAGCCGCCGCCCCCGCCCAAGUCGCCGGCGCCCCGCGAGGGUAUGCUCUGUCCGGGUAUACUGCGCCAGCCGGGCACGCCGGGCAGCGCCAAGAAACGAGUGCAGAUACAGGAGAUCUCCGUUUGAGACGACCACUAGCACUUGACGACCUUUUCUAUCUUAUAUAUAUAAAAAAAAAAAAAAAUAUAUAUUGUAUACGCGGAUCGCUCCGUAUACGACGGACCGUUCGACACUGCCAUUUAUUACUUACUUACUUACUUAUCGUAGACGUACCCGAGACUUGCGGAGAAUUAUAACGAGUGCAAUCAAACUUACGUGUGUGUAAUCCAAGGUCGAGCAGCUCCUUUUCAACCUGCGAGUUUUCCCCGACGAAGCUGCUGACGACGUUGACGACGACGAUCCUGUUGUGCCAAUUCGCGACGCGAUUUUCGCCCGAGCUCUUUCAUUUCUCACCGACUUAAUGAUGUCCUUUUUGCCAAACUAGUUUUACAAAAGGUAUUAAAAUGAGAAUUAGGUUAUUUUUGUCGCGAUCACGAGUUAUGCCAAAUAAAAGAAAAAAACAAUAAUAAAAACAUUGUAACGCGACACUAUUUCCAAAACUUACUUACACUUAUAUACUAUUAGGUAUCGAGCGUAAAAACUUACCGAAUUUAUUUAGAUGGAUAAAAAAAACGACGAUAAUUGAUGAAACAUAAGAGAAUUUCAAAGAUUUCAAACUAGGUUUUAAGGGUGUUUACCAAUGGAUUUAAUCGCAGAGAAAAUCAUAACGAAACUAUACUGAUUUUUUUACUCGAGCAUUGAAUUCCUCGAAUAGUUCCAUAAUUGCUGAUUAUAUAUGGAUGAUCGCCGAUAAGCCUCGACGAUAAUUAUUAUUAUAUAGAUUAUUAACGAAUAGUUUGUUACUCAUUUUCAAAGUUUCCAAUAUAUUAUAUUAUCAGAGUUAAACGAUUUUUUAAAUAUACAAAAGUUGACUAUUGUUCUAAACAUUUCUAUUUUCUUUUGGGAAAAGAAAACACAGACACGUGUGUGUGUAUGUAUACAAGAGAGUGCCAAAUAAAAUGAAAGAAAAUCAACGAUACACGAAUGAAAAGCAAAGAAAUAAGCCUCGACGUAUGUGUGUGAGCGUUUGGGGGAUGCAGACAAUGCAAAUAACUACUAAAGACGGAAUGGAAUAUACUUAAGGAUUAAUUAUGCAAUGAUUGAAACAAAACAAAAAAAAAAUACAGAGCUAUUUAUGCACGAAAAUAAACGGGAUUGAAUUGGGCAAUUGAGAUGAGGUUGCGAGUAAUGUAAAACGAAAAAAAAAAAUAACCACGGGGAUAUUUUUUGUGUGACGCGUAAAGUCGAUCGCAGACACUUUAAUGGCAAUUUACGCAAGGAAUUGAAUUUUAAAUAGGAAAACAAUUUGUGAUCGCAAUUAUAGUUUAGGACGCCGAAUUUCGAGUGAUUUGAUUGUAAAACGAGGAACGAACUAACGAACGAAACGAACGAAGACGCGCGGAAAGAUCGAGAGGCGGUGAUUGUAAAAGAAUCUCGACACAUUGUCUUAUAUAUACGCGCGAGAUGCAUCGACACACACUCCUGUACACUAUAUACGUUUUAUCAUUAUGAAUAUACAAGUAAUGCAUCUUUUAAAAAGCUCAGGUGACUAAAACAUAAAAUGACAGGGAAAAUUUUGAGCCUGAUGUGCGCUUAAUACGUAUUUACAAAAAAAAAAGCCUUUCGUACUGGAAAAACAAUUAGUGUGUAUACUACUGGAGAUGCUCUGGUCGAAAAUGAAAAUCGAAAUUCAACAACGCAGUAUUUGCUUCUUUACUACUAAUAAUGGAAUCGAAAAUUAUUAUAAUAAACGAAAAACGAAAAAUAAAAAAAACUAAUACGUAAGCGCAGUAAAACGCACAAAGUGAGCGUGAGUGUACGUGUACAUAUAGAAUUACCAAAAAAAAAAAAAAAUAUUAACUGCUAUUUGUAGGUGUAUAGGCAAUCGACUAGACGUAUACGUAGCUGUUUGUGAAAGAUAUCGAGCAUCUCCAGAGGCCCAUCAUCGUUUAUUAUUAUUAAAAUAUACACGUAUAUACACAUCGAGAGUCCAAAGUUCCACCGACGAGCGAAGCAUAUACAGAGCAAUGCGCGUUAUGUAAAAGUUGCAAUUUUUUCGCAGCUACACGAAUGAAAGAGAGAGAAAAAGAGAGAGACGAGUUGUAUGUAGUGUUUCGUUGAAAAAGUUGCGUGCAAAAAUACAAAAAAAAAGACAUCGUAGAAAUGCUUGCGAUUCAGGAUGUGUGUGAAGCUACACAACGAGCCUCUGCGCAUAUGACUUACCUUAUAAUACUCGUUAUGAAAAAAAAAAAAAAAAAAAAAAAA